AGGAGGCGGGAUUUGUCUGAGCUCGUUCAAUCACAGCGCAGGUUUGACCGCAGCUCGCCUUCAACGACCGUCGGACGUGUAACUCAUACUGAGUUGAAGAAAUACCAGGCGAAAAUAAAAGGCAGGAUUUGUGUAUGUGUGUGUGUGAGAGAGAGAGGGGGUAGGCUGCAUCGGGAGCAGCUAUGGGUGAGAUCGAGGGCACCUAUCGGGCCCUUCAGACCCCUGGCACACGGCUCGGAGCUCAGAUCAAUACCGGCAUCAUCAGCACUCUGGAGCCUGGACAGAGCCUUAGCUCGGCUAUGGGAGCAGGAGGGAAAAACCACAGCAGGGGCCUGCAGAUCCGUGUCCAGGGCCUGGAUGAUGCUCAAGAAUUCUAUGAGCUUGAUUCAAAGGCGGAUGGUCAAACUCUUUUCUCUGAAGUGUUCAGACGGAUCAAUCUCAUCGAGAGCGAUUACUUUGGACUGGAGUUCCAGAACCUGCAGAUGAACUGGGUUUGGCUAGAUGCCACCAAGCUCUUAGUGAAACAAGUGAGACGGCCGGUGAAUACACUCUUUCGGUUAUCAGUGAAGUUCUUUCCUCCAGAUCCUGGCCAGCUUCAGGAAGAAUUUACUAGGUACCUGUUUUCUCUGCAAAUCAAGAGGGACCUAAUGGAUGGCCGACUGUUCUGUACAGAAAACACAGCUGCCCUGCUGUCCUCUCAUUUGGUGCAAUCGGAGAUCGGUGACUACGAUGACAUAGCGGACAGGGAGUUUCUGAUGAUGAAUAAAUUGCUGCCAUUUCAGGAACGUGUACAAGAGAAGAUCAUGGAACUCCACCGCAGACUCUUUGGGCAGACCCCAGCAGAGUCAGAUUUCCAAGUUCUGGAGAUUGCUCGUAAACUGGAGAUGUAUGGGGUGCGCUUCCAUCCUGCCGCUGAUCGAGAAGGUACCAAGAUCAACCUGGCUGUAGCCCACAUGGGCCUGCAGGUAUUUCAGGGUCACACCAAAAUCAACACCUUCAACUGGUCCAAGAUUCGGAAGCUGAGCUUCAAGAGGAAAAGAUUUUUAAUUAAACUGCACCCAGAAGUUCAUGGUCCUCAUCAGGAUACACUGGAAUUUCUAAUGGCCAGUCGGGAUCAGUGUAAGAUCUUCUGGAAGAACUGUGUGGAGCAUCACUCCUUUUUCCGUCUGUUUGACCAGCCUCAGCCCAAAUCUAAAGCCAUCUUCUUCAGCAGAGGAUCGUCCUUCAGAUACAGUGGAAGGACGCAGAAACAACUGGUUGAGUAUGUGAGGGACAGUGGGUUGAGGAAAACUCCUUACCAGAGGAGGAACAGUAAGAUUCGCAUGUCGGCUCGUUCCUUGGCUUCUGAUGUGCCAAAACAGCAUCUGUCUUUCAAUGACAGUCUGAGGGUCCCUUUGUCUCCUCCUUCUGCAACCGCCUCCUUCCACUCCUUGCACACACCCAGCUCACCCAUGCGGACGGAGAACACGGACCAGCCUCAGCAUUUCGAGCAGAGGCAGCAGCCUGCCAGAUCCCCCAGCCCAAUGAAAGAGGACCCCUUCAAGACCAACUCUCAAUCCUCCUACGCCUUCCCAGAUUCUGCCAUUGACAGCCCACAGCUGUCUCCCUUCAACUCCAAAGGUCCGCUUUGUCUGUCACCCUCUUUCCAGAUGUCCACCCUCAGUCUUCCCGGGCAGGCACCCUCGCCCCUGCAGAGCCCCAUCCUGAAUGAGGUGGGCACUACCAGACUAGAAGAGGAUGAAGAGGGCAGGAGGAAGAGAUACCCUACCGACAAAGCUUACUUCAUUGCUAAAGAGAUUCUGACGACAGAGCGAACGUACCUGAAGGAUCUGGAGGUCAUCACAGUGUGGUUCCGUAGUGCAGUGAUUAAAGAAAACGCAAUGCCUGAGGGUCUCAUGACUCUCCUUUUCUCCAACAUUGACCCCAUCUAUGAGUUCCACAGAGGCUUCCUCAAAGAGAUUGACCAAAGGCUGGCUCUCUGGGAGGGGCGCUCUAAUGCUCACAUAAAAGGAGAUUACCAACGAAUUGGAGAUGUAAUGCUGCGUAACAUGUGUGCUCUAAAGGAGUUCACAGGCUACCUGCAGAAGCAUGAUGAGGUGUUAACAGAGCUGGAGAAAGCCACAAAGCAUGUGAAGAAGUUGGAGACGGUGUAUAAGGAGUUUGAGCUGCAGAAGGUGUGCUACCUGCCCCUCAACACCUUCCUGCUGAAGCCCAUCCAGAGGCUCAUGCACUACAAACUCAUUCUGGAACGCUUGUGCAAGCAUUAUGCUCCCCAGCACAGAGACUAUGACGACUGCAAAGAGGCCCUGAAAGAGGUGGCAGAGAUUGCUACUCAGCUGCAGAGCAGUCUGAUUCGAUUGGAGAACUUCCAGAAGCUGACAGAACUUCAGAGGGAUCUGAUAGGCAUUGAGAACCUUACAGCUCCAGGAAGAGAAUUCAUUAGGGAAGGUUGUCUCUUCAAGCUCACCAAGAAGGGUCUGCAGCAAAGGAUGUUUUUUCUAUUUUCAGACAUUCUGCUUUACACAAGCAAAGGAGUGACAGCAACCAAUCAGUUCAAAGUUCACGGACAGCUUCCUCUGCGUGGCAUGAUUGUGGAGGAGAGUGAGAAUGAGUGGUCUGUUCCUCACUGUUUCACUAUAUACUCCGCUCAGAGGACCAUCGUGGUGGCAGCCAGUUCCAAAGUAGAGAUGAACAAAUGGAUCGAAGAUCUGAACAUGGCCAUUGACAUGUCGAAGAAGUCUCAGGAGAAAUCAGAUGUUCUAUUGGACCCAAGCCUGUAUGACCGCUCCAACAGGUCAUCAGAUGAGGUGUCUCUGGAGCAGGAGUCAGAAGAUGACAUGAACUCCUCCCGCUGCUCUCUGGACAAGCAGAGCCACCACAGGGCCAACACCACAAUGCAUGUGUGCUGGCACCGCAACACUAGCGUCUCCAUGUCUGACCACAGUCUAGCCGUGGAGAACCAGCUAUCUGGCUACCUCCUGAGGAAGUUCAAGAACAGCAACGGCUGGCAGAAACUUUGGGUCGUCUUUACAAACUUCUGUCUGUUCUUCUACAAGACACACCAGGAUGACUUUCCUCUGGCCAGUCUGCCGUUGCUAGGUUACACAGUGAGCACCCCAGGGGAAUCGGAUAGCAUCCAUAAGGAGUAUGUCUUCAAGCUACAAUUCAAAUCCCAUGUUUACUUCUUUAGGGCAGAGAGCGAGUAUACAUUUGAAAGAUGGAUGGAGGUGAUCAAAAGUGCAGCAAGUACCACUGGACGCAUGAGUCUGCUUGUACCCAAAGGCCCAGCAGAGAUAAACUGGGGCAGCUGAGUGUGUCGGACUGAACUCCUGGAGCUGCGGGCUGGGCCCGCAGUCUGCCAGGACCAAUCACCUUUAUUUUAUCCUUUUUUGUGGUGCUGAGAAGCGUCUGAUUUUUGACUUUGGACUGUCCAUUAUCUUUCUGCUUACUGGGAGUUAGAGUUGCUUAUUGAAAUUUUAAGUGCUCUGCAUAUUUUCUUUUCCUAUUGUCAUCUCACUAAUGAAACACAAAAUGGGCAUCUGCCUUUUCUACAACCAUAUUAAACUGAAAUAAUUAUUCUAGAACCACAUUAGACUGAAAUAAGUUAUGUUUGUGUGUUGUCCUUUAAUAUCCAGGGAGAAAAUUGCUAAGAUCACACUUGGGUGUUUUUACUGUAUUCAGGUUUUUAUGGUUUUUGCUGAAACAGUCAUUAGGUCAAUAUUUAAUGAACAUUCAGUCUUUGUCGGAGCAGAGACUUGUUAUGCCAGUUAUUUCAGUAGAAAUCAAGUCCCAAAGGACCGGAAAAACUGAUGUUGUAAUUUCAUUGAUUUGUCCUGGAACAACAGUGACUGAAUAUUACUAAGCGGGAAGCUGAGGAGGUUUGUAUUAAGUCCAGUUGGUACAGUAAGUGGGAUGAAAGACAAUAGCACUAUAAAAAGUGCCUCAAUGAUGAAGAAACACAGCAAGUUGGUCAGAGAGUGUUUACAGGCACAGGGUGUUGGUAGGAGCUCACAAACUUAAGUUGUGUGAUAGGGUGGAUAUGUGCCUCAACCCUUUAAAUUACUAAAGAAGAGAGAUUUGUACAGGAAAUAAUUGGAGAGGAAUGGAAAUGUUAUUUUAAUGAUGAGGUAGCCAUAUUAAAACUAAGUGCUUGAAAACAGCUUGUACAGUACUUUUGCUGUCCUCCUCCAGCUUGGUUCUGGUUUGUGUCAUAUUAUGGGAAAAGUAUGUCAUGAAGGUCAUUAUUAUUUGAUUGUUAAUAUUUAGUUGAAUUUUAAGUUCUUUGUGAAUUAUCAUUUAAAUAUCUCAGCAUUGAUUUGAUUAAAUCUUUUUUUUUUUUUUAGUACUGACCAAGAAGUAUUUGUUAACCAAACUAAAUUGCAAUGUGAUGUUUUAAAUAAUGCAUUCAUAAAUGCAAAGUUCUGUUUCACUAUUUUUGGUCUUUUUUUUAAUUUAUUUUGAGUCAUCCACAAUGUAAUAUUGUACUUUUGUUUCAGUUUGUAAACACAGGGAAGAGGAAACUUGUCUAAAGUUGCAUAAAACAUCAAAGUUCAAGUUAUCACAGUGAAACAAAUACAAGUGCCCAAAUGCAAUAGCUUUACUGUCCACAGUCAGUCCCUAAAUCCUGAUGUUGAAGUUAGGAUCAAUGGCCAUAUGCUGCCUGUUCCCAUAUGUUACUUUGCAUUCAGGAUUUAUAUAUUUAUAGCAAUGAGAUCGUGAUUUCAUACAAUAGCCUCGUGUUUUGUUACUACCAACAUUUUGUGCAAGGCAUAUCUUAAUAAAUAUAUAUAUAUAUAUAUAUUUAUGGCCUUGUUUUGUUGGAGGGCCAGUUGAGUUAUCUGUUGUAUUUUAGCAUGAUAAAGCAGAGUUCCACAGCAUGUGAGACAACAGUGUUAUGUUUACUUAUUGGCUUCACUUUACGAUUGGAUCUGUACGUUAUUUUAUUUGGGAGAUUUUUUUGUUAUUUAUUGUAUAUGUAAGGCUUCUCUGGCUUUUUACCUUUAACAUGCUCCACAGGGUCCAAACAAAGACCUAAAUAAAAUUAUUGCAUUAGCCUGAAACAAUACUCAACAAUAUACCAUAAGCAGCUAUCAUCCUGACAUGAGCUCAGCUAAUCUGAUGUGUUUAAAAUCCCUCUAAUUUCACAAAUGUAAGUGCACUGUGUGGGCUCAUGGUCCCCACCCAUUUUACUACAUUUUAUGCAAGGACUGGAAUAAUUUUUUCCCUCUUUUUCUGUAUCCGGCAAUAACCGAGAUGAAAAACUCUUUUCCAUCCCAGGUUGCUUAGCGUGUGAAAAGGGAGUUUACUCAAAGACCUCAGUUUCCUGUCUCAUUCAAAGAGGCACAAAACAGAGUUUUGAUUAAAUCGCUUCUUUCCAACUUUGUUACUACCGGUAUUUAUUUUGUGUAGCAUGUUGCUGAGGCAUUGCUCCUGUACAACACUGCAUGUAGUAAGUUCCAUGUUAUUACACUGAAGGAAUAUCAAAUAAAAUUGAGCUGUAUAAACCA